GAAGGGGAACAUGGCAGCCGGCGUCAGUGUUCAGCAUGGAUUAUUAAACAGAACUUCACUGAUUUACAGUUUUCCGAGGAAUAUAUCGCCGAACAGAGUUUGUGUUCAGAGGACGGCUGGAUUACAGAGUGUGAGAAGGUCAACAAACACAGCAGGAGACGCUCAGCACAAUGAGAAGUACUGCCUGAACCUGGUCAGGUCCAGAGACUAUGAGGGCUUUUUAUCUUGUCUCCUCCUCCCAGAGGAGGCGCGGCGCUCCUCCCUGGCUCUGAGAGCCUUUAAUGUGGAGUUGGCUCAGGUGAAGGACUCUGUUUCCCAGAAGACCAUUGGCCUGAUGCGAAUGCAGUUCUGGAAGACGGCCAUAGAGGAGAUCUACAAAGAUGACCCACCGAACCAGCCAGUCAGCACGGAGCUGUGGAGGGCAGUGAAGACACAUUGUCUUACAAAAAGAUGGCUGACGAGGAUUGUUACAGAGAGAGAAAAGGACAUGGACGACCGAGCCUACAGGAACCUUCAGGAACUUGAGAAAUAUUCAGAGAACACACAGUCUUCACUGUUAUACCUGCUGCUGGAGUGUUUGGGUGUGAAGAACGUCCAUGCAGAUCACGCAGCCAGUCACAUAGGAAAAGCUCAGGGAAUCGUAACGUGUCUCAGAGCCGCUCCUUACCACAGCAGCCGGCGGAAAGUCUACCUUCCCAUGGACAUAUGCAUGCUGCACGGAGCUUCUCAGGAGGACUUCAUCCGCGGCAGCCGGGAGAAGAAUGUGCGGGACGUUGUGUACGACAUCGCCAGUCAGGCUCACGUCCACCUGGAACACGCUCGAUCAUUUAGCCACAACGUUCCAGCAGCUGCAACUCCAGCCUUCAUUCAAACUGUCGUGUUGGAAGACUAUCUGCAGAGAAUCAGGAAGGCGGAUUUCGAUGUUUUCCACAAGAGCCUGCUGAACAGGAACCCACUGCUCCCCUUCCAGCUCUACCUCCGCUCCUGGAAGAAGACCUACUGAUUCCAGCCUCCCUCUCGCAGUUCACCCUAAGAAACCUGCAGAUCUGGCAGACAGAGACUUCAGUUAUUGAGCUGCUGCUAUCAGAAUGCUAAUAAAGACCCACAGAAUUGGACAAACAUCAGCUCUGGCACUAAAAUCACCAUCAAUGGAACUGAGAAUCACAGCAGACUUUUGUUUAUUUUCCAAUUCAGGAAACAUAGAGUUCUCUAUAUACAGACAGAAAGUUUUAGAACGCGUGAAAUUAGACUUUAACUGUAUGACUGUAUGUAUUGAAGCUGAUUUUCGAGUUUAAGAUUUCAUUAGAUUUUUCUUUCUCCUGAUGAUGUAUUUCUAUCUGCAGCUUAUCUCUGCCUCUCCAACUGUCCAUCAGAAGAAGCCCAGCAGUUUGACACAUC